UUCUAGACAGUGGGAGAGGUACAUCUAUAAAUUGCCAUGAGAUGCCUGCUUUGUAGAAAUUAAGAAUGGCUGAAGACUCUGUGAAGUUGCUAGGCAACUGGGUAAGUCCUUAUUCCCUUAAAGUAAAGUGGGCUUUGAAACUGAAAGGGAUCCAGUACCAGUAUGUGGAAGAGGAUCUCCAAAACAAAAGUCCCAUGCUCUUGCAGUACAACCCUGUUUAUAAAAAAAUUCCAGUCCUUGUCCAUGAUGAUAAACCCUUGGCAGAGUCACUCAUAAUUCUUGAAUAUAUUGAUGAGGUGUGGAAGCAGAAUCCUCUCCUUCCAAUUGAUCCAUAUGAAAGGGCCAAAGCACGGUUCUGGGCCAAAUUCGUUGAUGAUAAGUGUGUGCCAGCACUGAUGGCUGCAUUUAGCAAAAGGGGGGAGGAACAAGUGAGAGCUAUCAAAGAAGCUCAUGAGAAUUUGAAGAUUCUUGAAAGUGGUCUUGAGGGGAAGCGCUUUUUUGGGGGUGAAACAAUAGGCUUUGUGGAUAUUGCUGCUGGCUGGAUUGGACGCUCGGCUCAAAUGGCUGGGGAAAUCAUAGGCAUAAAGCUGAUUGAUGCAGAGACCAUGCCUUUACUCGAUUCUUGGUUCCAAGAUUUCCUUGGGAUCCCACUUAUUAAAGAGUGUAUGCCACCUCAGGAUAAAUUGCUAGAGCACAUCAAGGAAUUACACACAAAAAAUUUGACUGCAGCAUCGACUUGAAGUCUUUAUAUCUCCGAGCACGUACUUAAGGCUACCUGCAUAAGGCGUAUGAAUGAUUGUUAGUGGGUUAUAUAAAGCAAUAAAGGAUAGGGACUUAAGCUGAUAUUCUUGAUAUGAAUAUCAUGCAUGUAAGAUUAGCAAAAUAUGAUGAAUAAGAAUUGCAAAAUUACUAGGCAAUAUUAUAUA